AUGCCGCCCGCCGACUCCUACCUAUCACGAACCCUCCAAUCGCUAACCCAGAGCAAGAUCCACGAGCUGGGCAAGCAAUGCGAUGCAUACGAAUCGCAGAAAGCAGAAAUCCUCGCAGCUGCCGCACAGUGUCACAGCCAACGGGACCGCGUGGCGCAGAUCCUGGCAGGCACAAAACGACUGUUCCCGCGGGCCAGGUGGGACGAGUCCGUUCGAAGCAUCGAGCGUUGGGUCGACCAGGCUCGCUAUGACUCGACCAUCACACCCGAGAAGCUGGAUGGCUUCGAGGCACACUUGCUUGGCCGGCUCGAUGCCCACAGUCGCAAAAUGAGCAUGGCGGACCUCUAUUCGCGUCUCCUGACCGAGUGGAUAAGUCCGCCUUCGAAGGAAAAGGAGAAUACAGCUGGCAGUCCAAGCGAUGAGGAGGAUUUUCUGGUUGUGGAUGAGCGCCAGAAGGAGAGGCUGAAGCAGCUGUGCGAUCGGUUUGAGGCGACUGUCUUCGAGCCGCGUGAGGCUGAUCCUACGGAAAUUACUACGUUUCUCAAUGGUCUUUUCCCAAGUGAAGAGAGCCUCAAGCCACUUGAAGAGAUGCGGGAAACUAUUCGGACUCGCAUGACGAAUAUCUGGGAGGACAAAGAACCUUUCGACAUCGCGUCGCUCUCCCAAUGUAUUAAGGGUCUUAGAAAUGAAGAUAUCCUUAGCGAGGAGAAGCAAGAAACCCUCAAGCUGUUUCUCAACAGCAAUGUUGCUCUAACUGAAAUCGCCGACGUCCUGAACAUGCGGUAUGCCGACCUACGGAACUGGGAUUGGCAUGCAGGACCAGACGGUGUCCCUGUGCUGCCCCGGCAGCAACUGAACGGCAAAUACCGAAUUUGGAUGGAUGAGGAUGUGCUUCAAACUAUUUUCAUGGAGCAUAUCUGUAUGCGGCUCUGCGGCAUGCUCAAAGAAGUCCUCAAGGACUUCAUCCGGACACGCUCGGUGUGGACGUUUCAUCAGCGGCAGCAGAUGGACUCGAAUGAUCGCCUUCGACGGCAAUACUACUGCGGCUAUAGCGGCCCGAGUCAGAAUGUGAAAAAUCUCCGCCGGGAUGAAUUCAUCGACACCUAUUUCCUCUCGCAGCUGCCAUCCGACGAGACUUCGUUGGCAGAUCGUGGAGGUGGGUACGACGAAGACAACGAGGUCGGAGACCAGAGCACUCCGCCAGAGGCGCGGCGAAGUGUCAAGCAGGAGCUUCUGAGGAAGAUUGUCACUGAGACCCUUCUCCAGCAUCGACUCCAUGGACAGGCAGCAGUAGUGCAGUCGGAUCUGCAGUGGUACGCCACGUCUCUUCCACACAGCACUGUCUUCACCAUCUUACAAUUCCUCGGUUUUCCCCCUGAAUGGGUCGAUUUCUUCCGCAAGUACCUGGAGACCCCGUUGAAUAUGGACAAGUCCUUCGAGGGCCAUGAACAGACGGGACCUCGCAAGCGUCGAACGGGUAUCCCCAUCGCGCACGCGUCGGAGAAAGUCAUUGGUGAAUUGAUUCUGUUCUUUAUGGACCUUGCAGUCAAUCGCGAGACGGGCAUGCUUUUGUACCGGCUUCAUGAUGAUGUGUGGCUCUCUGGCGACCCAGCCAGAUGUGCGCAGGCAUGGCAGGUCAUGCAGACGUAUGCCAGGGUCACUGGCCUACAGUUCAACAAGAGCAAGUCUGGAUCAGUCUGUCUAGGAGAUUCGAUUGAUCCCCAUGUUCUGUCUCUGCUGCCUGAAGGCCCCGUUAGAAUCGGGUUCUUGAUGCUGGAUGCCGCAUCGGGGCGCUGGGCAAUCGACCACUCUCAGGUAAAUGCGCAUGUGCAGCAGCUCAAGACGCAGCUCGAGCACUGCGACAGUGUGAUCUCGUGGGUCCGCACCUGGAACAGCUGUAUCGGACGGUUUUUCAAGAACACCUUUGGCCAACCUGCAUACUGUUUCGGGCGACCGCACGUCGACGCGAUUCUUGCCGCGUAUGAAGAUAUGCAAAAGACUAUUCUUGACACUAACGGCACACACACCCAACAAACCUUGACACAGCAUCUCCGAGAGAUGAUUCAGGCCCGUUUCGAUGUAUCCGAUAUCCCCGACGCAUUCUUCUUCCUGCCCGAGGAGCUGGGCGGGCUGGGCUUGCGCAAUCCGUUCAUCUCGGUCCUGUUAGUGAGCAACCAAUUGAGAGACCCGCCUCUCAAAUUGAUCAAGGAUUUCGUGGCCGAGGAGCGUCAUGAAUACGCCAUUGAAAAGAAACUGUUCGACGACCUCUCCAAACAAGCACGCUGGAAACGGCUUGAUAAUAUCCAUCCCCACGGCGCUGUCAACGUCAAGCCAGUUGUCAGCCAACGAGAGAUGGACACCUUCAUGAGCUUUGAAGAAUACACCCGGUUCCGUGAGGAAACAAGUCCGCAAUUUACCAAGCUCUAUCAACAUCUCCUUCAAGUGCCAGAGCCAAAUGGUGUUGAACUGAAUGACUCGGACAGGGUUCCCAUGGCGGUGAGGGACAUUCGUAGGCGGUUCCGUCUCAAGAAUGAGGACCCGGAAAUGAGGUGGAUUUUAUAUCUGUAUGGGGAGGAUUUGCUGUCCCGCUUCGGAGGGUUGAACUUGGUCGACAAGCAGUUUUUGCCUAUGGGGGUGUUGGAUAUGAUCAAGGGAAAGAAGGUGAAGUGGCAGAUGGUCCUGUAG